AUGCUAAAGAUUAUUAUCCCAACCAUCAUACUUCUCCCCAUAACCUUCCUAUCAAGCCGAAAACACCUAUGGACUAACACCACCAUACACAGCCUACUAAUCGCCACCGCAGCUCUGCAAUGAUUAACCCCCACCUACUACCCCCACAAAAACCUAACCCCAUUAACAGGCAUUGACCAAAUUUCUUCUCCCCUAUUAGUUCUGUCAUGCUGACUCCUACCCCUCAUAAUAUUAGCAAGCCAAAACCACCUACAAUCCGAACCCACCUCACGCAAACGCAUCUUUAUUGCAGCACUAACCAUCUCCCAGCCCCUUCUGAUCAUUGCCUUCUCAGCCACAGAACUCAUACUAUUUUACAUUUCAUUUGAAGCAACCUUAAUCCCAACCCUAAUCCUAAUCACACGAUGAGGUAACCAACCAGAACGACUGAACGCUGGAAUCUAUUUCCUAUUCUAUACACUAAUCAGCUCAAUCCCACUACUUGUCGCCAUCCUUUACGCCCACACCCAGACCAACACACUCCACCUUACCAUGCUUAAACUAACAAACACCCUUCACACCACCCCCUGAACAAACUUACUCCUAAACUUAGCUCUCCUAACAGCAUUCAUAGUAAAAGCCCCACUAUAUGGACUUCACCUAUGACUCCCCAAAGCUCACGUAGAAGCUCCAAUUGCAGGAUCCAUAUUACUUGCUGCUCUUCUCCUAAAACUAGGAGGAUAUGGUAUCAUACGAAUUACCAUAUUGACAAACCCCCUACCAAGCUCCCUACACUACACGUUUAUUGCCCUAGCCCUAUGAGGAGCUCUAAUAACCAGCUCCAUAUGUUUACGACAAACUGACCUUAAAUCACUAAUUGCUUACUCCUCCGUUAGCCACAUAGGCCUAGUCAUCACCGCUAGCUUAAUCCAAACCCACUGAUCUUUCUCCGGGGCCAUAAUCCUUAUAAUUUCACACGGCUUAACCUCAUCUAUAUUAUUUUGCUUAGCCAACACUAACUACGAACGAACACACAGCCGAAUCUUACUCCUUACACGUGGCCUACAACCCCUCCUACCCCUCAUAGCCAUCUGAUGGCUCCUAGCCAACUUAACAAACAUAGCCCUUCCACCAACCACCAACCUCAUAGCAGAACUUACAAUCAUAAUCGCCCUAUUCAACUGAUCUCCCCUCACAAUUAUCCUCACAGGAAUAACAACCCUACUAACCGCCUCAUACACACUAUAUAUACUCCUAAUAACUCAACGAGGUCCAACACCAACCCACAUCACAUCUAUCCAAAACUCAAAUACUCGAGAACACCUCCUAAUAACCCUGCACACAAUCCCCAUACUCCUCCUAAUUCUUAAACCAGAACUAAUCUCAGGAAUUAUCUCAU